AUGAUGAGGAGAAACCAGCUCAGUUCAUCUACUCCCAACGGACCGGGACACGGCAGAGACAUGCGCGGUCAUGCAUCGAACACAGGCAACGGCCAAAACGUCAACUUAGAUAACGAUCGCCUUUACGGACAAGUUAGGAACAGCGCAGUCAUCGCGAACCUGAGAGCAGAGCUCGAGAGGCAGGCAGGGUAUCUCCGUAAAGAGCGGAAAAAGAGCAACAAGUACUGCAGUCACUGGUUGAAGCUUGAGAAUCAGCUCAGAGAAUUGACCGAGGACUUCGACAAUUUAUACAACGAGAACAAAGACUUCAACGCGUUGGAAAACGACAGAAACCAUUGGAGAAGCAGGUACAACUAUGUGCUGCGACAGCUCAUUCGACCAUACACCCAAGAACUUGGUUCUGUUUACGAUGACCGCACUGCUGGUACCACUGAUCUUACCUUGCGACGCCUUCUCGAAGAUGCUCUUCAGAGCAACCAGCUUCGAGAGCAACUCCUAGCUUCGCAGGCCGACACCAAAACUGCGCAAGGUCAGUUGGAAGCAUCCGAGGCACAGUGCCAGUCGCUUCAAAAGCAAAUGCUCGCACGAGUCGAUAAGGUGCUGCCUAUAUUGGACGACCAGUUGAGCCAGGACUUCCGCGCCCUCGGCGCACUGGUCAAAUCAUUGAGUCGCUCAAUUCGGCCCACGGAAGAUAUGGACGUCUGCGUCAUCCUCCCGCCUGCUGAUCUGCACAUUGGCGUGAGCCCUCGCCAUUGGAAUCGCCGUGCGCGCAAGAAGUAUUACAUCGAGGCAUGGAUAUGGUCAGUCCUGGUCCACGAAGUGUUCUCGAGCCCAUUCGCAAUGUUCCGUCAGUCUGGGGAGGCCUUUCAGUCAAGCUGGGAGUUGCUCUUUGGUGGCGAGUUCCACGAGGGCUGGCCCGAUCCAUCUCUGCCAUGUGAGAAUUGGCGCUGGGCAACCAUGGAGCAGCUUGUGCAAAAGGUGGGCUCAUCUACCAUCACUCUGGGUCAACUGGUGCAAUCGCCUGCCGGCCCAAGUGACACGAAGAGCCAAGCCACACAACAGUACAUUCUCCAGACCCGUAACAAGGUUGCAAACACCAUUGGAGAGAAGCUCACAUUGGUCUCUACUCAGGCGGACCUCUCCCGAGUACCUCUCAUCGUUGACAAAGCGUUCUCCUUGGCGAUGGAGAUGUCACUUCAGCGUUCACGCCUUCAGAUCACUUGGCCAAUUGUCGGAAACGCAUUCGUCGAAGAAGAGAUGUCUUGUUUGCCCGAUCCUGACAGCGAAGAUCUCGAAGGUGGCAACGUGGCAUUCACUGUGAGCCCGGGUCUGGUGAAAUGGGGUGAUGCUAACGGCAAGAACUUCGAGGAGCGCUAUGACAUCGUGCCAUCACUGGUCCAUCUGGAGCGCGUGAUCAUCAAAAAUGAACAUGAAGAGCCUGGAGAACAGAUGGGUGGCCUGAGUUUUGUCAACGAGAACUAG